ACACGAAGUUGACUCUGACUGGGGCGCUGAGGUUUCUGGGCCCCUCUCGGGCUUGCAUGGUGGACACCUCGGGAGAGGGGCCCGGAGGAAGCCCCCGGGAGGCUCCAGCCUCUGGAACCCAGCUUGGAGGCCGCUGGCCCGCCCCGUUCGGGGCAGCCCGGCCCUCUGCUUACGUGACUGGUGGCCACGCCGGAGCCCCGGCACGGGCUCCCCAGAAGCGUGGGCUUUUCAGAAACUACCCUCCUGACAAAUGCACACUCCUUCCACCACCACUCCUCCAGGAAGCAUCGCCCACCGACCCGACUGCACAGCCGGGGAUGCGUCGUUUUCACAGCCCAGACCCUCCGAGAAAAAAAGAGAAAAGACGCACCACCAUCUACCAGCACAAAUCCGUGUCUCUGUGAGCUUCAGAAAGCCCAGCGGGAAUCUUCAAGCUGGGCCACGGAUCUGACCAAAGCCAAAAUAAACAAUGGCUUGAAGAAAAUCUACAAAAAAGUGCUGAUUUGCACAAUUCCCACAGUCAGCCACAACCCCCACCAUCAUUCCCAUGGAAAACACCACUGCUGGUGCCAAAUCAAGCCCCCCACCCCACCCCCAUUAUAGCAGCAUUGUUUUUUGUUAUUAUGUGAGUUCUUAGAAUCAGACAAUGGCACCACAAGAGACACAGUGGAGGCAGGAGAAAUGCCUUUUUGUUUCACAGAGUCUGUGCUAUUGUGCCCCUAGAGUCUCACAUAUAGUGCAGUUGUACAUAUUCACUUUUGAAACGUGUACUGUGAGUGAGGGAUGUGCCAAAGGAAAGCUGAAAGCCCAUCAAGUGUGAAAUAAGGUUAGACUCUUACUGCUCUCUC